CAAAACAAUACUAGUAAACAAAUCAAAUGCAGUUUCCAGACUCCCCCUACCACAUCUAGCUGACUUUGAACCGAGCUAAUUGGUUUGAUUAAACGCCAUGUUAAAACGCAAAUUGAACCAGCAAAAAGACAAUCUGGAGGAGGUGGCGACCAAAAAGUCCUUUCCAAAUGAGGGAGCUAGCAUAUCCGACUUCUUCGGCCAGCCUCUGUGGUUGAAGUUCUACAAUACCGAGGUCAAGUUGAACGAGGCGCUCGACCAACUGACCCCCCCACCGAACAUCAAGUGCAUCUACAACCCCAUAGUGUAUGCGUCACAGCUGCACUGUGACUAUGUGCGACGGUUUUUGAGUGGCCCCAAAAAGCUGGUGUUUAUUGGGAUGAAUCCUGGACCCAAUGGAAUGGCUCAAACCGGGAUACCCUUCGGCAACGUGCGCACUGUCAAACUGUUGAUGCAAAUAUCAGGAUCUGUGGGCAAACCCCCAAUCGAGCAUCCCAAACGACCUGUCUUGGGCUUGGACUGCAGGAUUGAGGAGCCCAGUGGCGUUCGUCUCUGGGAGUUAUUCCUGCGCUUGGCUGGAAACAUAAACAUCUUCUCCCAGCAAUGCUUUGUACACAACUUUUGCCCCCUGGCUUUCUUUGACGAAGCGGGCAAGAACUUAACGCCCAGUGAGCUUAAAGGAUCCUACAAAAAGCAAUUGAGGGAGUUUUGCUUGGAAACACUGGAGGAGCAAUUGCUUCUACUGAAACCCCAAGUUCUGGUGGCUGUGGGGGAAUAUGUUCAUACCGCACUGAAGGGUUCAAGGUACUGCAAAUCGGACUCCGUUUGUGUCCUGCGGCUGCCACAUCCAAGUCCUCGAUCUGUAAAUAACAACGAUUGGCCGAACAAGGCUCGAGCUUUUUUGGAGGAGAACAACCUAAUCCGCUUCUUGCGGAAUGAGGCUUGAAGCACAGUAUGCAUCCGGUAUGCAUUCAUAAACUUAAAUAGGUGUUUGUAGUGCUUACAAAUUGGCAUACUCAAGUAAUAUUUAUAUGGGCUAAGGAACCAAAGUACAAAUUUUCUAAUUCGUCUAUUAGAUUUUAAACAAAUCAUUCUUAAUAUGAUACAAAAAAUUGAUCUUUUUAAUGUAAGCAUAUGCAUAUAAAUAAGGAGAACCACAUAUUUUGUGCAAAUUUAGUGUACAAUCAUUUUUAAAAUGUAAUACAAAAAAUCUUUAAAACGGAAAUAAAAUG